CGAGUCUGUAGUGUCGGUACGACGGCGGUAGCGGUAGCGUGAGAGCUAACAUGGCGUCCUAAUAUAAAUAAAGAGAAAUGUUUGUCAUAAUAUGUCGUAAUUCAAUUAUGUGGCAUGAAUUCAUCCGCUGUCUUGGUGUCUCUGUGCGUUAUUCGCAUCGAGAUUUGUGAUUCGGAGUUGGAAGAAACCACCAGCACCAUGGCUGCGAAGAAGACGAGAGGUUGCAGAGAACCAAGAGAUAUAAACGUAGAGACUUGGACAAACGUGGCAGAAACCAUGUCCCCGUUGUUAUCGAGCCAAAGCACAAGCAAAUCACAUUCGUUUCCGAGAACCACGUCGACCGAAGAGACGUCGUUUGCGACGUCGAAUCAUGUCGCGAAUUCUGGUCCAGGAGAGACUGGCGCCGCUGCUUGCACCUCACCCGAUCAAAUAAGUUUUAUCUCUGGAAACCCCUUUGUCGAAGUUACGAAAGGUAUCCUCCAUCUCUUCAAGGAAGAUGAACUGACUGAAAUGCGUUGCGCUGCGGAUCGCAGUCAUACUAUCUGUAUCCUAUCGGUACCGGCAACAAUGACUUGCCACGAUCUUUUAACUUUCACAGCGGCUUGUCAUCAAGACAUACAAUACUUUAGAAUCCUCAAAGACGGCAGUCCAAACCAGUAUAUGGCUCUAAUCACCUUCAGAUCGUCGAGUGCAGCGAGCGAAUUUUACGAAACUUUCAACGGUGCUCCCUAUAACUCUUUGGAACCAGAUGUGGUUUGUCACAUGGUGUUUGUAUCUCGAGUCGAAAUAGGGGACAAUGGAAUGCCUCUGAACGGGCACACAGAGUUGCCAUCGUGUCCGGUCUGUCUCGAAAGAAUGGACGAGAGUGUCGAUGGAAUUCUGACAAUAUUGUGCAACCAUACUUUCCACUCCAGCUGCCUCGUCAAAUGGGGUGACACAUCCUGUCCGAUCUGUCGAUACGCCCAAACGCCAGAGCCACUGGCGGAUAGUCGUUGCAUGAAAUGUGUUGCGGAUACCGGCACGGACGCACUGUGGAUUUGCUUGAUCUGCGGUCACGUAGGCUGCUCACGUUAUCAUCAGGGUCAUGCAUUUGAACACUACCGAGACACGCACCAUUGCUACGCGAUGCAAUUGGGCAACAAUCGCGUCUGGGAUUACGUAGGCGACAAUUUUGUGCAUCGGCUACUGCAGGAUAAAGAUGGUAAAAUGGUGGAAGGUGGUCGCUCGGCAACCAAGAGCGAGGGUGCCGCUGUGGAGGAUAAGGUAGAUUCGGUGCAGUUAGAGUUCACGUAUUUGUUAACAUCACAGUUGGAAACGCAACGACAAUACUAUGAAGAGAGGCUCAAUCGUACGGAGCAACGCUCCAUAGCAGAAAUUACCGAGUUGAGAGAUAAAUUGGACCAAGUGCUCGAGGAAAACUCACAAUUUAAGAAACAAUUCGCGACGCUCAAUCGUGACAAGCAGACGCUUGAUAAGCGUCUGCAGCAUUGCACCAACAAAUUGGCACAAAUACAAACAGAAUUGUCGGAGGAAAAGGAUUUGCGAAAGGCCCUACAAUUGAACCAGACUUCAUGGCAGGCGAAAUACAAGAAAUUGCAAGAUGACGUGGCCACCAAAGAAGCAGAGAUCACCAAUUUGAAGGAGCAAAACCGGGAUCUCAUGUUUUUCCUUGAUGCUCAAAAACAAAUCGAUGAGUCCGCCGAUCGAAAUGAGAUUGCCGCCGGACGUAUCGUUAUUCCUCCAAGCCCUAAAGAUGGGAAAUCGUCAGGAUCUCGAGUAUAUAAAAGUCAAAAGAGGCAUUAACUCUCAUCAAACAUCAUUGAACAUGAAAUUAUUAACACUUUUACGUUAAAUUCUCCAAUCUGUUUAGACUCGAAUCUUUUUCAACUACGUUUGAGAUGUCUUCGUCACGGAUAUGCAAAACGCAAUAUUCUGAAUAUCGAUUACAAGAACGCGUAUGAUGAAGAAAAAAACGUUAUAUAUAAAAGAGAUGAUAUUGAAGUUAAUUUUUACAGUUUUAUGUGAAGGAAGAAUAAUCUAUUAUUUCGCUACAACGAUUUUACUAAAUUGUUGUUUACCUUUUUAUUUCAUUUGCUGACAUUAAUGUACGUUUAAUAUUGAAACUUGUGUAAUUUUUUACUAUAUUGGUAUACACGUAUCUCUAUUAACAAUGUCUUUUAUAACGAUGUCAGAAGUGAAAAGUUGCAUAAAUUUUCUUCUUGCGUUAUAUCUAAAAAAAAGUUGGUUUUUUUUCAUAAAUCUCAUAUAUUUUCAUCCCGCUUGAAUCCUGGAUUAUCAUAUUGAAAUUGAUGACGAUUUGAUUGUCCUGGUUGAAAAGGGUCCUGAUUCGAGGAGGAUCUCAAAUUAUCAGCGUCAUCGUAAAUGUCAUAUGAUUUCUGAGUCUGUGUCCUUCUUUUUUCUGCUAAAAUUGUUGAUCGCCUCCGCUCAAAGGCGUUAAACGCACUUUUCGGCAUUUGCGAGGACAUGCGUUGUGAUAAACCUGCAAACGAGACGAGAGAUACUCGAAAAAAGUAUUAAAUAAAAAGUACCAACACAAGUGUGAUACGUAAUGCCAUUGGCACUGACUUGUAAAAGUGUGAGUGUGGGUGGGUAUGUGUGUGUGUAUGGGUAGGUGCGUGCGUGCGUGUUUGCGUGUUUACAUGUAUAACAUUGUUACUCCCAACACUGGUGUCAAAAUGUUAAAUAAUAUGAAAUAUAGAACGUUUACUCUCUAUCUAACUGUUGUUUGAAAAAACGAUUAAUUUAAUGCACGUCUCGGGGUAUUGCACGUAAUUCUAUAAAUAUAUCCGAAAACUAUAUAUUCUCGUAUUGUGUUGCAUUAAAUAACACGUGCGUUUUCAUCAACUUUUUAUCAACCCCGGUCGUAAUAAUGUGUAAACGUCUUGUUUAAUGGCAAGUGUAAAUCGUUUUGCUUGAAAUAAUUCAUUUACGUUUUAUGGGUGCUUUAAUGUAGUUUAUGUUUACGCAAACUACACGUGCAUUACGUGUGUCAGUGCUGAUACCCAAAUGCAGCAUCUUUGUCCGUGCGUAAAAGAUGUAAUAUAUAAACGCGUGCGCGCGUAAAACUACAAGCUUAAUUAACAGCACGUAGUACAUGUUAACGUUAAAAAAAAGAUAAAACAUAAAUUAAAUAUUUGAUAAUAAUAAAACCAACGUCAAUUAUUAGCUGUAAUAAUAAAUAAAUUUUAUACCGUGUUUUUAUUUUUAUUCCCUUGUCGAAGGGGAGCAAAGAAGAUUAAAAGUUGAAACGCAAUGUACAAAAA